AUGGAGUUUUCAAAAAGAUGUGUAACAAAACCAUUUUCUACAACUCACCAAUCCCGGGCAAUUUCGAGAAUUUUGUAUACCUUUGCCACUCACAGGAAAGGCCAAGCAAACAUUGGCUGCCGAAAUCCAUGGAAGAAAUCAUGUGUGUCAUUCGGAACUUACCGGAAGGGUUUUAUAAACAUGCAUUGUGGGUAAUAGCGCAGAAGAACUACUGCCAAUCAACAUUUUCCUUUUGCAGCAUGCCGCAUGAUGACAAUUAUGUCAAGUUUAAUUCAAGUUUACUUCCAUGGGCGCCAAAAGCCUUUAACAGCACAAGAGAAAAAUCUUUUGCCUGUCUUAGUAUAACGUACAAAAUUGUAAACAAAACAGAUUUCCUGAGUCUAGAGUUUCAAGAAAAAAAUUGUUCUUCGACGGCACUUGGCAUUUGUGAAGUAAUUUAGUAAUUUCAUAAAACAAUAUACAUCUGUUAUCUUGCUACAAAAUCAGGCUUUUAGAAUCCCUUGUGAAAU